AGCGCUGACUGUGGUGGUGGCGGCAGCAGCGGUAAUGGCAGCAAUAGCAAUGAGUUCUCUUCACUUCUCUCCACCUCAUUCGGUUCAGUUGAGUUCAGUCUACGCACCUUAGCUCGUCGUCUCACCUCCGCCGACGUAUUUCGUUCUAUUCAAAUUUUUUCUUCCUUGUUUUAGCUUGCUGCUAAAGUUCUUCCCCUCUAUAUCAAGUUAAUUCAAAAAUUGUUCUUCAAUGGCGUCCCAUUAAGAAACAUAUUUAAAAAAGUGUAAAGUUCCAAAAGAAUAUGUUAGAAUUUGCCAAAUUCAUUUUACAUAUUAACAUUUUAUGUACAUACAUAUGUACAUGUAUAAAAUAUUUGGUGAAAAAAUACAUGAGAAGACAAUAUGUUUGCUAAUUCUAAUGCGAAUACAUAUAUAGUGUAAAGUGCAACAUUUGGGUAUGAGAAAAGGAAUUUUCAAAAUUAAGUGACCGUAUUCAACAUGGAAUGUGAGAUUAUUACAAUUCUUUUUAAGUGAAGCGCAUAAAUAAUCAAAAUUAUUUACACAAGUACAUAUGUAUGCAUAUACAUAGAUGUAAGAAAAUUAAAAUGUACUGAGAAUACGACUUAUUAACAUCAUCGUGUCAUUCUGUUCUCCUCCGAUUGUAACUUUAGCGGAUUCUUCUUUUAUUCAUAUUAGAAUACUCCUAAAAAGUGAAUCCAUUGAAAAAUAAGAGAUCAAUGAAAGUGCUGUGCACUUGAAAAUUCUAUUGAAGAUGCUCGCCAUGCAGAACUGGAUUGGGUGGAGUUUAGAAAAUGAAUAGUGAACAUGCAACAUCAAAAGCAACUCCUGGUGAGUCAGCAAAAGCCACAAUUACUGUAGCAACGGCCAAUGAGUUGAAUCGACAAUAUCAGCAACAUCAGCAACAGCAACAGCAGCAGCGAAAUUCAUCACAGCAGCAUAUUAACGAUUCGCAACAUUUGCAGCAUUUGCAAUUGCAACAACAGCAAUCGCAAAAUCAUCAUCUAAACGAGCUACAACCACAACAGAUACGAAGACAGCCGCAAGCAGCACAACAGUUGCAUCAGCAGCAGCAGAGGGAUUCCAUGUCUGCAAAUUCUAGUGCGGGUGGCCUUGGUGGUCUUCGCGGCGGCCGCCUAGACGUCUCAGGAAAUGUCACAGCCACAGUUGUUGGUAGCGCCGCGAGUGGAGGUAGCGUAGGUGUAGCCGGAAAUACCUUGUUACCGCUUACAGUCCCUGGACAGCAUCAGCCCGUUUCCAUAGCUACUGUGCCGGCAGCGGCAGUCCUUGCUGCAUCAAUGGGAGUUGGUACAGCAUCCACAUUGGCUUCAACUACUCCUGUAAGUGUUGGUGGUCUAAGCGUGAGUGUCACGAAUGCUACCGCGGUCACUACGGGCAAUGGUGUCGACCCAAAAUUAGCGCAAUCGGUAUUGCCACAGCAACAACAUCAGCAGCAGCAAAUGGUAUUAAGCUCAACUGAUGCCACUUUAGCCACGACAGCAUCCACUACAACUGCACUAUUACCAAAUUCACCAAACUUGAGCAAAUACUGGGUAGUUUCGAAUGGUCAAGCGCUUCCCUAUAAUAUUUUGCCGAACGGUACAAUAAUCACACCGCACCAGCGACAACCAAUCACUGAGCAACAUACACAACAAGCUCAGCAGCAGCAGCAGCAACAACAACAACAGCAAGCAAAUGCGUUACAAGUACACGCUGCAAUAAAUGCCAAUGAUGACAAUCGGCAGCAACAGCAGCAUGUUCCACAGCAACAACAUGUAGCCACCGGCGUGCAGCAACCCCAACAGCCUCAACAACAGCAGCAGCAACAACAGUUACUGCAACGAGAAAAUAUAAAAGAGGAGAAACCCUUUUUAGAUAACGGAAAGUUAAAUCAAUCAAUUGUUAUGCAACACGUAAGCGCUUCGGCGUCGUCCGCGUCGACGACGAGCGGUGCCACCACUAUUACUUUGGGUGCACCGAAAACCGAAGUAAAAGAGGACGUUGGAAUGGGCAAACCGCCGCCGGGCAUUGAAAUGUAUAAAGUUAACAUUGAGGAUAUCUCGCAGCUUUUCACCUACCACGAAGUGUUUGGUAAAAUUCAUGGUGACGUAAUGAAUCAGCAGUUGGCUGCACACGCAGUACCCAACGCUGCUCAGCCACCACCACACGGCAAUGCAAGCAAUAAUGCUGCUGUUGCUGCCGUAGUUGCCAGUGCUAAUGCUGCUGCUGCAGCAGCAGCGGCGGCUGCGGCUGCCGCAAAUACAACAAGUGGUGUGGUGGCACCCACAACAACGACCAAUCUAACGACGGCAAUCAGCACAAGUGGUACAACGACUGCACCAGCCACCGCUGUAACAGCAACACCCACGGUGACCGGUGAACUGCUGAUGCCAAAAAUGGAGGGCGGUCUGCCGGUUGUGGAUCAGGCGACAACAAUCACACUCGCACCUGAUGGCACACCAAUCGCUACAGGCACGCAUGUUUGCGAUAUUUGCGGCAAAAUAUUUCAAUUUCGCUAUCAAUUGAUUGUACAUCGACGCUAUCACAGUGAACGUAAACCAUUCAAUUGUCAGGUGUGUGGGCAGGGCUUCACUACCUCACAGGAUUUAACGCGCCACGGUAAGAUACACAUCGGUGGACCAAUGUUCACAUGCAUCGUUUGUUUUAAUGUAUUCGCCAACAAUGCCAGUCUGGAGCGGCAUAUGAAACGACAUUCAACCGAUAAGCCUUUCGCAUGCACGAUUUGCCAGAAGACUUUUGCACGCAAGGAGCACUUGGACAACCACUUUCGUUCGCAUACCGGCGAAACACCGUUCAGGUGCCAGUAUUGCGCUAAGACAUUCACACGCAAGGAGCACAUGGUAAAUCAUGUGCGGAAACACACGGGUGAGACGCCACAUCGUUGCGAUAUUUGUAAGAAGUCCUUCACGCGCAAGGAACAUUAUGUCAACCACUACAUGUGGCACACUGGUCAAACACCACAUCAGUGCGAUGUUUGCGGCAAAAAGUAUACACGCAAGGAACACCUUGCCAAUCAUAUGCGUUCACACACUAAUGACACACCAUUCAGAUGCGAAAUUUGCGGCAAGAGCUUCAGUCGCAAGGAGCACUUCACCAAUCACAUUCUCUGGCACACAGGCGAAACUCCCCAUCGUUGCGAUUUUUGUUCGAAGACAUUUACGCGCAAGGAACAUUUGUUAAAUCAUGUACGCCAACAUACGGGUGAAUCGCCUCAUCGCUGCACUUAUUGCUUAAAAACGUUUACACGUAAGGAACACCUAGUGAACCACAUACGUCAGCACACCGGUGAAACGCCUUUCAAAUGCACCUACUGCACGAAGGCAUUCACCCGCAAAGAUCACAUGGUAAAUCAUAUUAGGCAACAUACCGGCGAGUCGCCGCACAAGUGCACAUACUGCACAAAGACAUUCACACGCAAGGAGCACCUUGUGAAUCAUGUGCGUCAGCAUACUGGGGAAUCUCCACAUCGUUGCAGCUACUGUAAGAAGACCUUCACACGCAAGGAGCAUUUGACAAACCAUGUGCGCCUUCAUACCGGUGAUUCGCCGCACAAAUGCGAAUACUGUCAGAAGACAUUCACGCGUAAGGAGCAUCUAAACAAUCAUAUGCGUCAGCACUCCAGUGACAAUCCGCAUUGUUGCAAUGUCUGCAACAAGCCAUUCACACGAAAAGAGCAUCUCAUAAAUCACAUGUCCCGUUGCCACACUGGUGAUCGGCCCUUUGCUUGUGAAACUUGUGGUAAAUCGUUUCCACUCAAAGGAAAUCUGCUGUUCCAUCAACGCAGUCACACAAAAGGUCAGGAAUGCGAACGUCCGUUUUCGUGUGAAAAAUGUCCCAAGAACUUUAUAUGCAAGGGUCAUCUUGUGUCGCAUAUGCGUUCACACUCAGGUGAAAAGCCACACGCCUGUACUUUAUGUAGCAAGGCUUUCGUUGAACGUGGCAAUUUGAAGCGUCACAUGAAGAUGAACCAUCCCGAUGCGGUGAUGCCACCACCGCCACAGCCUCAUCCACAAAUCCCAGCCGGUAUAUUGACAGCGGUCAAAGAGGAAAUCAAACCAAUAUUCCUUCCCCAUCAAACCCCAACGAUGCACACUAUUCAACAAAUUACAUCGGGUGCUGCAGCAGCUAAUGCCGUACAGUUGGCGCCCAGUCUUGUACCGUUGGUUACCUCGACGAUAACAUCGCACAACAGCCAGAAACCUCAGCAACAACAGCAGCAACAGCAGGCACAUCAGCAACAUCAACAACAAGUGCAACAACAACAGCAGCAUCAACAACAACAACAACAACAACAACAGCAGCAACAGCAACAACUGCAACAACAACAAUUGCUACAAUUGUCCAUACAACAUCAGCAGCAACAACAGGAACAACAUCGCCAACAUCAGCAACAACAACAGCAAGGACACCACCAACAAUCGCAGGCGCAGGCGCAGGCACAACAGCAAGCACAUGCGCCGCAACCGCAGCCCCAACAACCGCCUUCGGUACCUAUCGCGCUAAUACAAACCGAUCCAAGCGUAUUGGCAAGGGCAGCCAUGCAAUUGCAGCACCUGCCAGCCAAUGUCGAGCAACAUCCGGUGGUUUACUAACAGCAGCAUGAUUUCGCACAUUGGUGAGGCGCGUUGACGGCAGCGUUCAACAAUAACAACAGCGCUGAUGAAAUCGGCGAUGGCGGUGGAACGGUGCUGAGAUAAAUGCGCGCAAGGCUGCAGCUGCUACAGCGAUUCCGACGGCGACUGGUGCUUUGGUGACGCAGACGAGACUAGAAGUUUGCGAAAUUGUGGGAAGUUGAAUUUGACGUCAAAGCUGCAGAAACUUUGGACCAGUUUCAAAAAUAAAGAGAGAAAAAUACGUUUGGAUAUAUGCAUGUACUUUUAGGUUGAUAUAUUUAAAUAACUAUUUUAUCACUGCUGCACUAUUGCACGUGAAAAUUAGUUAAUGCAACAAUAUGUAACUAACAAAAAAACUUUAAACGGCGUUAUUGGAGUAUAAUUUUAAUCAACAAAACGAUGUUUGAAAAUGAUGCAAACUUUCUAAAAUUGUAUGACACUUUAAAUUCGUCACGCUGUUUGCGGCUUAGCGUAAGUCUGGCAUGGUGCGAACAUAACUUUUACUUUUUUGCUGUUUUACUCUUUCACUUGUAUGUAGUUAUAUGCGAAAAGCCAAAGUCUAUGGAAACUCUAUUUUGAAGCUUUACAUUUUCAGCUUUACUCUUUUUUUCAAUUAGAUACUUUGUAUUCAAAGUUUCGAGUGGUAGUACUGUGCAAUAAAAGAGUUUUUCAAACCUCUACUUCUAAAGUAGUGGCUCUUUAUUUUAUGUAACCAGUGUAUUUCCAUGUACGCAUACAUCCUCUAGAGUUAUGCUAAGAAGCCAACAGCGAUCGAGAGUAAAAACGAUUGGUAGGUGGCAAAUUUGUUUGAAAAUCGGCACUGAAGUUGAAGAGCCAAAAAAAGAAAUUUAGAAAAUCGUAAAUUACAAGCUUUAAAACUUUAUUUUUGUUAUUGUAAUGGAUUAAUAAUUAUUUUGUUAUCGAAAAUUGUAGGCUAAAGUUGAACACUGAAGGCCAUAGACCGCUUUCUGAACAUUCAUUAGCAAUAAUCUUAAAGUGCUCAGAUUAUAUCUAUUUCGUGCCAUUUCUUUACAUAUGCAUAUAUGUAUGUAUGUAGGAAUUAACAUUUAUUAAGAAGUAUUUCAAAAAUAUUUUAAAAUUGUUUUCUGCCACCUACAAAAAAUUUGUCCGUUAUCAUUUCGUGGAAUUCAAUCGCUUUUGCCCUUAAGUUAUUCGGCCCUAUGCUGAAUAUCGUCAUCGUCAGUAAAAGUGAUGAUAAGGCAAUCGUCAGCCGUAUUACCGAUGCGCUGACGAUCGUCGACAAUGACGAUAUUCAGCAUAGGGCCGAUUAUUUUUUAUUCGACUCUGUUAGUUUUUCCUUACUUUUUGCAGCUAAGGUGGUUGGAACACUUGUAAGACAGUCAUUCUUAAUCUACAUAUUACAUAUAUGUGUUAAACGUAGUUAACCUUAAAGAGGUACGCUGUAUUAUUCGCAUUUUAGAAAUAACUAAAAUUAAGUGGCUCCGAAGAGAAAAUAAUAGCAAAGAAAAAAAUCUAAUGAAAUGUGUAUUUCAUUUUAAUUGAAGUUUAAUCGAGAAGGAAAAGGCAUAUAUGAGUAAAUUAUUUACAUGAGUAGAAGUAUGGCUUUAAGCGUAGAAUAUGCAAAAAAAAACUAAUAUUAAGCGACUAAAUUCGGUAUUAUUUUUGAUGAAAUGUGAAGGAUAAAUAACCAAAUUGACUAAAUGUUAAAUAACAAGAAAAUAAAAAAGUAAGAAAACAAGACCAACACGAGAAAUUGGGAAAAUUCCAAAUUUAAACUUAAACAGACACUGAAACAUAUGUAUGUUGAAAAUAAGUAAGCAGCAAUACCAAGCAAAUAUUCAAUGAAAAGUCUAAAAAGUAAAAGCCUAUGCAAAAGUUUUAAAACGACAACUUAGUGAACAUGAAGAAUUAAGAAAAUCAUUCAAUUAGUUUAUACAAAACAUAUGUGCAUAUAUAUUAUUACUGGCGGCAUUACUAAUAAAAUGAAUGCACUAAGGCACAAGCAUACACAAAUACACCAUAUGCAGUAGCAUAUAAAUAUAACGAAAUAUAGCAUACAUACAAAAAUGUAUAAAAAAUUUUAAAAGUGACAGAUGUGAGAAGAUAUGUGAAAUUGAAUGUGGUACAUGUAUGUAUAUUAGCGACUAAAAUUGUAUUGUUUACAAUAUAUUUUUUUUUGCGAAAAAUAGUUAUUGGAAAUUUUAUUUCAAAAGGUCAUUUCUUCUCGGUUAGGGUUAUUUCACGUAAGGUAAUGAUUUCUUUAACACUCUACCCCGAUAAAAUAUUGGUAUUUCAUUAUUGUUCACAAUCAUCUAAUAACUUUUGCAUAACAAAUUUGUAUACUAACAAGAUUUUUUAAACACAUUGACACACCAUUUACAUACAUGCCUAACUACUACGACAUCUUCAUAUACAUCCACAAUUAUUUAUCAACUACAUAUAUAUAUAUACAGCGCAACAUACAGAUAUACUAUAAUCAACCGUAAAAGUAGUAUACAUAUAAAGAGCCUCACUAACCAGAGACGUGAACCGGUUUUGAACCGGAAAACCGCUUUUUUUCUAUUAAUUAACUGAACCGAACCGAAAUUUUCCACAAAUGUUUAAUCCGAACAGAAAACUGAACCACUUUUCAUAAAGGUUUAAAGGUUCGUUUCCACCAAUUUUCAAUAGAUAAAUUUAAUUGCUUUUUUUCUUUUCGUUAAAUAUUGUAAUGCAUACCAUGUUUGUUUACCAUGUGGCAAUAUCAAAUAUAAAGGCAACCCUUCUCAUUUAACAGACAUUUGAAAUUUAACCUUGUACGUGUUGCACUUGACACUUUACACUUAAACUUGCGCGUUAUUUUUUCAUUUCCGAACCGUUGAAAAGAACCAAAACCCCGGUUCAAAGACCAAAAAACGCUUCUCGAGCCAAUCCAAAAGUGCAAAACCGGUUCGAACCGCUGAACCGAACCGAUCAAAUUUUUCAUCCGGUUCAUGUCCCUGUGUAUAACACUAAUUAUUAAUAUUAACUGUUUACGCUUUAAUUUAAAAUUAAUCAAUACGCAUAAAUUAAUGGUACCAUUACGGUUAGUUAUUAAUAAGGGUGGUUACGGUUGAAGAUACGUUGGGGAGAAAAAAGCGUAGCAAAAACAAAACACCAACAACAUUUUUGUGUAGAACUGCAAGCAAAUUCUUACAUAUACUACAUACAUACAUACUCGUAUAUACUAAUAAACGCAGGUAAAACAUAAAAUGAGAAAAAUGUAGUUUUAGUUCAUAA